CUUCCGGCGGGAGGGCGGAAGCGGCGGCCGGUGCGGGGAGCGCGGCCAUGGGCACCCGCGGGCUGAAGGCGGCCGUGGUGGAGCUGGAGCCGGGACAGGCCCGCGAAGGCAGUGCCGAGAGAGAGCCUGUGGUGAUCCUCCUCGGCUGGGCCGGCUGCCAGGACAAAUACCUGGCCAAAUACAGCGCAAUUUACAGCCAGAAGGGGUGCACCGUCAUCCGUUACACGGCUCCAUGGAGGAUGAUAUUCUUCUCUGAGACCUUUGGCAUCAGAUCCCUGCAGACCCCAGCCAGGCGACUCCUGGAGCUGCUCUUUGACUACAGUGUUGAAAACAGACCAGUUCUUUUCCACGUUUUCAGCAAUGGUGGUGUCAUGCUGUACCGUUACAUCAUCGAGGCGCUCCACACCCACAAGACGUUUAAGAACCUCAGAGUAGCUGGCACCAUUUUUGAUAGCGCCCCUGGCAGAAGAAACUUACGAGGAGGCCUUCGUGCCCUGGCAACUGUCUUGGUCUCCAUGAACGUGCUGCUCAAGUACUUCCUGCUGUUCACUUUUGCCAGCAUGGCCGUUGUGCUGCGGAUCCUGCUGUACCCCCUGACCCGCUUCAUCCACGAGAGCCAUUACGAUGCCCUGCUGAAAGCGCCCUCGCGCUGGCCCGAGCUCUACCUCUAUUCCCAGGCUGAUCUCAUCAUCAAGGCUAGCGAGGUUCAGCACAUGGCCAACGCCCGGCAGCAGCUCGGUGUCCCUGUGAAAGCUGUGGACUUCUCGGAUUCGGCUCAUGUCAGCCACAUGCGGGUGUACCCCACCUAUUACCGCAGCCUCUGCACGACUUUCCUGUCUGAAUGUGUUGGGGGCUCGCCUCUUUAGUGCUGUAAUGACCUUCAGUGUUUGCCUCUGCUUUGCUCGCAUCCUAUGGGAAAUGUCACCCCCUUUGCUUUUGUGUCUUUGAAGGGAAGAAAGCAGAGUCUUCUUGUUUGGUUUGGUUUUUUUUUUUUCCCCCCUAUGGUCUACAAGUCUGAAAGCCUCCAGCCUGGCCUUUGGACCAGCCACAUUAGAGCAGAAAGCAGAUAUGGAUUAGUUUAAAGUCCUGAAGGUGAAAUCCUGUCAUGGUUCAUGUUGAUGUACUUUACCAAGGUGUCACAGACCAGAAUCUCACACUGAGUAUUAUUUGUUUCUUCCUGUCUCUUCUUGUUCUCUGCUUUCCUUGUUGUCUCUUUGUCCCUGAUGUCUGAUGUGCAUGUUCUGUUGCUUGUACUUAUUUUACAGUACAGCUCUUCCAUGUCUUUGUUGUCUUUUUUUGUCUUUUUUUUUAAAUUUUUCUCUCUGCCAUUUCUUUUAUCUUGCAGUGAGCAAACAAAGCCAAGUCUGCAGGACUUUUUGCUUUUCUCAGUGCAUCCCAGCUCUUGUAGUACUCUCCUUGCUGGAGAUCAGGCCCUGAAAACAAGUGUAAGAUGUGGAAAAGGUAUGUGUAGGGCAGUAUGACCAGACUGUCAUCUGGUUCCAUUAAAUAGCUGAGAUAGAACAGUCAAAGCUCUCUGAUCCUUGGUGGGAGCUCAAAUGUUUGUGAUAACUUUUGUGUUCUUCAACCCAGAGGUUUCAGGUAACAUUUUUGAAUGUG